AAUAACAUAGAAUAUAUGGAACAAGAAAGUAUAUCUAGUUUUAGCUCUUUAGGUGAUACUGAACCUGGAUCAAAAAAAAAUUCCGAUAAUAAAUUAUUUGUAAAACAAUCAAAAAAAUAUAGCUUAACUAAAACUAUAGCAAAAAAAAAAAAACAUUUUAAUGAAAAUACAAUUAGUACAACUUUAUCAUCAGAGGUGUUAAGUGAUAAAGAUAGUAAUGGUUGCGAUUAUAAUUAUGUAUCUAAUAGACAUGAUUAUGGUUAUACAACUAAUCAAUAUGAUAAUGAUCAUGUAACUAACGAACAUGAUAAUAAACAUGUAACUAAUAUAACUGAUAAAUAUAAUACUGAUUAUAGAGAUAGCAGUAUACCUAAAAAUGGUUCUAGCAUAAAUCAAUCUACUAAGCCUAACCUUAAAGAUCUUCAACUAUACCUAUUGAUAAG